CCCUGAACCUUCUUCAUUCGUUCCCCGCGCUGUUGCUGUUGCCCUGAACCUUCUUCAUUCGUUCUCCGCGCUAUUGCUGCUACUUCGACUGUUAUCCGACAGUCAGUGGUGGUGUUGUUAGCUUCUUUGCGACCUUCUGGCUGUGUUACCGCCACCGCGAUGAGCUGAGUCCGGAAUUUGUCUCAUCAUGGACGAUGAGCUUCAGCGGAGGUCUACCUUGCUGCGAGAUGUCGGGCCGUUGGAACUGUUGGUGCUUCGGGACGUUGUGAGGAUGGCGUGAGGGGAGUGAUUGUGGCGCCCCCGUAUUCGAUUCGCCUGCCCUAGAAUUCGGCUAAGGAAGCUUCUCAGUGGGUGGCUGGCUUGCCACUGGACUUGUUCAGUGCGAAGAAUUCAACAAUGUUGGCACGUGGUUUUGUUUGGUAGGCGCAGGUUUGUGUGUGACUGGUGGUGACGGAAGCCUAGCUCUCCCUGCAGUGGUGUAUGCAAACCUGGUUUCUGGGUUCCAAGAGCUUGUGCGCGGUGUUGUGAAGAGCAGCGGGGUGAUUCUCAUUCAAGGUCUGGAAGCCGAAGGCUCAGCAUCUAAAUCCUCUCAUUUGAAAUGAGUAAAAGUCGAUUAUUAUCCUCGGACAUUGAAAUUUAGACUUCAUUUGGCAGCUUGUCACGGGUAAUCCUUUAUACGAUUGCGUUCUGGUCACCCUCAACCGAUGUUGUCUUCUAUCAUUCAAUAUUGACAGAGCACAAGCUGCAAGUGCAUUGCGUACCCUUUCGCUCGUUUUUAUAAUUUUUUCCCCCUCCCCCCUUAAACUCCCGGCGGUUGGUCCCAACUUGGGGCUACUCAUUUUCUUCUGAGGAACUUGAAUCAAAGAAAAAACGGGAAAAAAGUCUGCUUAUCUUUAACGCUGGAACGUGGAAAUGCUCGGACCUCGUGAGAUAUGGGCGCCUUGUGCCGCCCGUUCGGUCGUGCAAUGGCGCCCCCCUGAUUUCCCGGUUUCUUGGUGAGAAAGUCAGCAUUCACGAAGUGGAGGUUCUUUAGGUCCUUCUCUGCGAGGUGAAUGGCUUUUCCUUAGUACCUUGGGGUGAACACUCGUUUGCUCCUCAUGAAAGCGGCUCCAUAGCAUUUUGAGUUUUGAACGUGGCAGAUGCCGAGGAUGACUUGGAUGCUCCGACGUAGAUGCGGUGGAGGAUUACGGUGGGCUUUCACUACAGAGAAUGGCAUUAAGAGAUACAGUACUUUGUAGGGAGCGGUGUAUGGAUAGCAUGGGGGGAGGACACUUAGGUCCGCUCGAUGCGCCGCAUGUCGUUUCAACCCUUCCGCAGAACAUGAUCGAAGAUUUAAGUAGAAGGAACCAGAUCGAGGAUGUACUCCAGCUCGCAGAAGAAGAUGAGGGGCGCUGUGCUAACGAACGCGGGGUGUCCUUCCUUUCCAAUACCUCUUACCUCUGUGACUUGCGUCAUGAUAUUGACGAAGCCAGUGUGGCGGCGUCUGAAACUGGCGUUGUUUCGAGGUGGAGAAUGAAAGAUCGAAGUGUAAUAUUUCCACAAAGAGAGUCUUUAAAUUUUAGCUUUAACUUAAUUGCUCAUCACAUAAUUUGUACGUUGGAUGCUCCCAGAACUCAUUGUCAAUUCUUUUAUACAACUUCAUUUUCUAGUUUGUGCAUAGUAUGCGUGAUAGUUGCGUGCCAACUUUUAUAUAAGUGUACAAUUUUUAUUUAUUUGUUAUUUUUGAUAUUCUCUUUUUAAUUAAAAAAAUAAAAAAUAUUUUAGAGUGAAAGCAAGUUUUCCUCGAUGGAAUUUCCAAGGAGUGGAGAUUUGUCGCUGGAUACAUUUUCAUGGUACUUCUGAUUGAGUAUAUAUAUCCUCAAGAUGAAAACUGGAUGGGUCGCAUUGUGUUUGUGCUUGAACAUUGGAGUGGAUCCACCGGAUGUUAUUAAAAUCUCACCUUGCGCCCGACUGGAAUGCUGGAUAGAUCCAUUCUCAACCGCCUCUGUGAAAGCUUUAGAAGCAAUUGGGAAGAACCUGCAAACUCAGUAUGAGCGGUGGCAGCCCAGGGCGCGCUACAAGGUCUCUUUAGAUCCUACUGUCGAAGAUGUAAAAAAAUUGUGCCUAAGUUGCAGGAAGAAUGCGAAGGGCGAAAGAGUACUGUUUCAUUAUAACGGUCACGGUGUUCCAAGACCAACAACUAAUGGAGAGAUUUGGGUAUUCAACAAGAAUUUCACUCAAUACAUACCGCUUUCAGUUUACGAACUGGAGUCGUGGCUUGGAAAUCCUUGCAUUUAUGUGUUCGAUUGCUCAGCAGCUGGCAUGAUUGUGAAUGCGUUCUGCGAGCGACCUGAGUGGGGUCUUGGGGGUGCAUCUUCGAAUUCUCUGAAAGAUUGCAUAUUAUUAGCUGCUUGUGGAGCAAAUGAAACACUUCCUCAGGAUACGGAGCUGCCAGCUGAUGUCUUUACUUCCUGUCUUACAACCCCGAUCAAAAUUGCUUUGAGAUGGUUCUGUCCACGAUCUUUACUUCGCUUAGAUCCUGAGCUUAUCGACCAGAUACCCGGUCGUCAGAAUGAUAGGAAAACUCCUUUGGGGGAGUUGAAUUGGAUAUUUACUGCUAUAACUGAUACAAUUGCAUGGAACGUGCUGCCGCGAGAGCUGUUUCAGCGGUUGUUCCGGCAAGAUCUUCUUGUUGCCAGCUUGUUUCGGAAUUUCUUGCUGGCUGAACGUAUUAUGAGGUCUGCUAACUGCUGUCCGCAGUCAUAUCCUCGCUUGCCCCCCACGCAUCAACAUCCUAUGUGGCAUGCGUGGGAUAUGGCAGCUGAAGUUUGUCUUUCACAGUUGCCAACAUUGUUGAACGAUCCUGAGAACGCUGAAUUCCAGCCUAGUCUUUUUUUUACGGAGCAAUUGACAGCUUUUGAAGUUUGGUUGGAGCAUGGCUCUGAUAGGAAAAAGCCACCAGAGCAGCUUCCCAUUGUUCUGCAGGUGUUACUUAGUCAAUCUCAUAGAUUUCGAGCUUUGGUACUUUUGGGCCGAUUUUUGGACAUGGGAGCGUGGGCUUUGGAUUUGGCUUUGUCUGUAGGAAUAUUCCCCUAUGUCCUUAAGCUGCUGCAAGCAACGGCUACUGAUUUGCGGCAAAUUCUUGUAUUUAUAUGGACAAAGAUUCUAGCUCUUGACAAGUCGUGUCAGGUUGAUCUCGUCAGGGAUGGUGGUCACCCGUACUUCGUACAAUUUCUUGAUAGUCCUGAUAUCCAUGCGGAGCAGCGGGCUAUGGCUGCAUUUGUUCUGGCAGUCAUUGUUGAUGAUUACCAACAUGGUCAGCAAGCUUGUAUUGAGGCUGGAUUAAUCACCAUUUGCCUCUCACACAUACAAGCAGCUAUAAAUAUACAGGCAUCUCCAAACGCUCCAUCGCCUGAACCCUUGCUGCUCCAGUGGCUUUGUCUUUGUUUGGGUAAGCUUUGGGAUGGAUCUGCUGAAGGGAUCGACUUAGCUCUACGUGAACAUGCACCGACUAUUCUCGGUAGAGUUCUUUCUGAGCCGCAGCCUGAGGUUAGAGCUGCGGCUACAUACGCGUUGGGGACCCUUAUUAAAGUCGGAGCAGACGGGUUUUCCUCAGAAGAAACCGAAAGCGAUGCGGAUGGGGAUAGUCUAACUGCGGAGCAACAGAUGGCAACUAUUCUCCUAAAAGUUUUGUGUGAUGGAAGUCCACUUGUUCGAGCUGAGCUUGCAAUAGCGAUGGCACGUCUGGCUUCCUCACACAACAAGAUGUUCCGUCAGUCUGCUGCAGCUUACUUAAAACCUCCUUCCCAUGCAGCAGUUCUGCCAACCUAUGGAGCUGGUUACAGGAACCCAGUGUACCCUUACCCGGCACAACUUGGUCAUUCUGGUUCAUAUCUAGACAUCGACCAGGGUCUUCAGAGUUUGGAGGAGGGAAUACCCUACCGACCAGUUGUGCGCAUUGUCCGUACUAGUGGGUCCUCGGCAGGGUCACCAGCAUCUGCAGGACACUCCCCUUCGUCUGAUGACCCGGUGUUCAGAGAAUCCAGUGGCACUGCUGCUAGCAAUGAAGGGUCCCGGCUAUGGAGACGAUCAGAAGCUGGCAGUGUCUACGUGCAGUGCAUCAUGGCUGUGUAUGCGCUGGCUAGAGACUCUUUCCCUCGCGUGGCUAGUCUGGGUCGGAAAGUCUUGAGGUUAAGUGGAGUUGAUGCAGCACAAGUUGUGGUACCCUCAAGAGCUAAUGGUGGUGUCAGUUACCUGCGAAAUACACCUGUAGCUGCUCUUCCUCCUACCCCUCCUGUUGCUGGCAUAUUGCAUAGGUCUACUUCUUGGGUGGCUUCUGCUUCAGGAAACCUUGCAAGCACUUGGCGAAUCUCAACGCCACCUCCCAGCCCUCCUACUCGACCACCGUUUCUUGCAGGUCCUAGUAGUAGUCUUAGACGUGUAGCAUCUAUGGAUAUUUCUUCAGCAUUGAGCGGAACUUGGGAUUCCUCCAGACCGGCAGUUCGAAUCGCUGGAGAUAUCGCUGCCCAUACUUCAUCUCCCAUUCUCAACACAUCGACACCUGGUCUAGCCGAUGCAGCUGGGAUGUCGACGUUUGGACUUUCAGCAGUCUCUUUGGAGGCAGGUCCAAGUGGACCCCUGUUGCCAGAAUCAUUCAUUUAUAAGUGGAGUUGUGGACACUUUUCUCGGCCAUUGUUAGAGCCCUAUCACGAUGAUGAAGAAGAGAUAUUAGCCCGCCGGGAAAUGAGAGAGAAAGAAGCGAUCGAAGGCAUUGAAAGGUGUCAGCAAUCAUGUGCAAGCAAAGUGACUGAUGAGAUUGGCAGUUGGGAUACUGGGUCUGAAGUUGGAACCAAAGCAGUGCUUAUGCACCCCUUCAAGCCUUUGGUCUGUAUUGCAGAUGGGAACGAGACAAUCAGGAUAUUGGAUUACGACUUAGGCGAAGUUGUAAACACCUUUGAAAACCAUAAUGCCCCAGACAAAGGGGUCUCCAGGCUUUGUUUGCUCAACGAGUUGGAUGAUAGUUUAUUGCUUGUUGCUUCAAGUGAUGGGAUUGUAAGGGUGUGGAAAGAUUAUACACAGAAGGGCAAGCAUCGCCUUGCGUCUUCAUGGCAGGCUGUGCAGGGGCACAGACCUGGUGCUCGAGGUAUCAGUGCUGUGGUAGAUUGGCAACAAAUGACGGGCUUUCUGUAUGCAACGAGUCAAAUCUCUAGUAUCUUGGUAUGGGAUCUCGAUCGGGAGCAGCUAGCCUCCAGCAUUCCUACUCAUUCGGAUAGUUAUGUGUCUGCUAUGGCUGCGUGUCAGACGCACAAUUCCCAUGUGCUCACUGGAUGUGCUGAUGGUUCUGUGAGGGUUUAUGACAUUCGUUCUACAGAAAUGCUUGUUUCUGAAAUGAAACCACAUGCUACAAAAGUUGUAGGUCUUGAUUUUCUGUCUGGGGGUGAUGACCUCAAGAUGAUCUCAGCCUCACAAUCUGGAGAUUUAAAGAUGCUAGAUAUAAGGAAGAGUUCAGAACCCUAUCUGGAGGUGGAUGCACUCAAAGGCAACUUGACCUCCAUAGCUGUUCACCGCUAUGCCCCUGUGAUUGCAACAGGAUCAGGCAAGCAACGAAUCAAAACUUUCAGUACGAGCGGGGAGCAGCUCAGCGUGGUUCGUUAUCACACCAGCUUUCUAGGCCAAAGCAUUGGUGCAGUCACAUCCUUAUGCUUCCACCCUUACAAUGUGUUACUAGCUGCGGGAGCAAGCGACUCAAUGAUUUCUAUCUAUGCCGGGGAAAGCAUUUAAGGAGAAUGAUAUUUGUCCAUGAUUGAGACUAAUGGGGUUCUUUUAAACGUGAUUCUGAGGAGUUUUACCCCUUGAGUCGGAGCCGCACCUGGUUUUUUGACGUGCGGUUCUGUGUCUUUACAUCUUUUUUCUCUUUUUAUUUUUAUUUUCCUAUUUAUCUCAUUAGAGGAAUAUUAGUUCUGGAGAGAGACGGUAUUAUGUCUCGGAGGGAGGCCACAUGUAUUUUUAUACAUCCAUUGAAUCUAGAUGUACUGCAAUUGCGUUUCACUUACAAUUUCUUAUCUUGAGAACUUAAUAGCUGGGAAGUAGUCAUUUUAGUUGACUGCUUCACUAAAAGAUCAAAAUUGUCCUGUUAAUUUGUAGGACUAAACUGUUCAAUUUAUGAUAUCUGUGGAUUUUAGAAUCAAAUUCAGUUGUGUCGUCCA